AAUCUCAGAAACUAGUUAUUAUAUCUGGUAAUUUUCCUCUGUAAUAUGGUGGAGCAGAAGUAUUAGUAACAGAAAAUGAAUCUACGCAAGGACAGUAUGUGUCCCUCAAAAUUGUAAAGUAAAUUAGUAAAUGUAUUUAGUUAUUUUUUACCACUGUUAAUGAUUAGCCUGCCUACAUAAAGAUUUUCCAAUAAGAAAAAAACAAUGCAGUCUUUCAGAAUGACAAUGUUUUUGAGGGUAUGACUGAUUAACAACCAUUUUAAAAUUAAACUUGGGCUCAUUUAUAAUGUGUAUGUGUGAAUGGUGUAAAUUGACACUACAGCAGCUUCCUUGUUUUCUUGUCACCAUGACAGCAAUGUUCCCACAGACGCAGCCUGACUUAUCUGAAGCUUUGGCCGAGGUGUCAGCAUGAACAGUCUGAUGAACGGUGACCUGAGGUUGGCCCAUCACGAUGGGCAGUGUCGAAGGAAAGCCAAGAACUCCAGAGUAAGACAUCUGCAUCAGAGCAACUUAAUCUUGGGUGACACAGCACCCUGCUACACCACGACCCACAACCAGAGUUAUUCUGGAAGGUCGGCUGAUGGACGUCCUCGGAUCUUCCAUCUGAGAGAGCCCAGCUUCCCAUCACAGCAUCGGACCCAGCUGGAUCUUAGUAACACCUCCACACCGCUGCAGUGUGCGCUGCAGUCACACACUAAAGACGUGCACAGGCACAAACACAUCCUGCUGAGAACCGACCCAAAGGUGGAAAACUGGGCUAGGUAUCGCAGUGGCCAGGCCGUCAGAGAAAUAACCAACCCACAGGAUCCAUUUGAUUCCUGGACCACCUACAAAGCAGGGUACACACCCCCAGUAACUGACGUCUCACCACAACUGGCUGGUGGCAGACCAACACAUUGGCACCAACACAACAUACUGACAGGUGAACAGAAGCAGACGAACGGUCCAGGUGAGCCUAGGAGACGGUCAAGAGACAAGCUGCUGUGGGCAGCGAGGCGCUGGGAGACAGACUGCUGUGCACUCCGACUCUCCUGACACACAUUACAACUAUACAGUGCACAACACUCCAACAUUAAAUAUAUGAUCCUGGCAUUUCCGUGACUCCUGUCUGGUUUGAUGAUGUUUUACUUAAAGGAUGAACAUAGUAAUGGAGAUAAAAGUGGCUCAUCCGUCCUUGAUUGUCUGACUUCCAUAAAAGAACUGAUUUCUCCUGUGUUAUACAACUCAGUGGACAUGCAUAAUAACCUGAUCAUUUGAAGUAUACAUUUUAAAUGCAGGGUGUGUCAGACUUGCUGCACAUUGCACACAUUACAGUGUGUUUAGUUUGGUAUGUCACCAGACAUCUUCCUCUAAGAACUUUGUGUGAACACUGGGAACAGCCCUAGAGGGAAACAACAGAGUUGCAUAGUCACAUAAGAUAUGCAGAAAUUAAAAAGACAUUUAAAGUCUCGGUCUUAGGGAGGAAAAGAAAAGCAAUCAGAGAACGAUUGGACUAGAUCUGUGGACAAGCUCAAAACGUAGAAAACCACAUAAAACUUGAACACAUAUCCUUAAUUUGUUUGGAAUAUUGUUGUACUGUAACACAUUGAGAAACAUAAUCAACACGUCUGUACAGUCUGCUGUCUCUGGGGUGUCUUAUUUAUGGAGUAGGGUGACAGGUUAUACCUG